AUGGUACCUGUGCAACAGUGCGAUGCUGUAACAUUAUUACCAAUUGUAACAACUUACGUGUUACCAGGAACAACAAUUCAUUCUGAUGAAUGGAGAGCCUAUCAUGCGUUACAGCACAAUCCAGCCUAUCAAUAUGCUACAGUUAACUAUUCGGUUAGUUUUGUGGAUCCAAAAUAUA